GCAGCCGCCAGCAGCAGCAGCAGCAAAACGCAUCACAGCUCCAGCUAUAGCAAUGGCAAACAGACGAGCUGCUCAUCCGUCAGCGCUGCUGGCUAUGCCACAUCAGCAGGCGCCACAUUGGGCGCCUUUGGACGCCAGCAACAGCAGCAGCAACAGCAGCAGCAGCAGCAGCAGCUUUAUGCGUCCAAGUUGCCAUUCUCGACAUUCUUUGCUGCAUCGCCAUUCUUUUUUACGUAUCGACGCAUUAGCAAGCAGGAGGAUAACAACAACAGCUGCAGCUACAACAAUGGCAGCAGCAGCAGCAGCAGCAGCAACAAUCAGAGCAGCAGCAGCAAUGCGCUAAUGCAGGACUACGAUCGCAAGUUUAGUUUGCUCAGUCUAUUUAAAAAUCCUUACAAAUUCAGCAACGAAGCGCAAACAGCAACACGCAAACAAGCAACAACAAGCGGCGGCAGCAGCAGCAGCAAAGCAGCAACAGCAGCCGCUGGCGCUGUAUGCGCUGCAAGCUGGAAAAGCUACGCGGGCGCAAGUUCAGCGCAUGCAGCGCUUAAUCCUGCAUUUGGUGGCAUAACUGGCGGCGGCAAGGAUAACAGCAGCAGCUAUAGUGGCAUUAACUUUAGCAGCAGCAGCGGCGCCGGCAGCUCAUUUAGCCGCGUUGACGGCAGCAAUGGCGGCUACAAUGAUCUCUCCAAAAACCGCAAGGUACACAAAUGCGAUACCGAGGGCUGCGACAAGGUCUACACCAAGAGUUCGCAUCUCAAGGCACACAAGCGCACGCAUACAGGUGAAAAGCCCUAUGUGUGCACCUGGGAGGGCUGCAUUUGGCGCUUUGCGCGCUCCGACGAGCUCACCCGCCACUAUCGCAAACACACCGGCGUCAAACCCUUUCGCUGUCAGCUCUGCACGCGCAGCUUCAGUCGCUCCGAUCAUCUGUCGCUGCACAUGCGUCGACAUUGAGGCACAACUGGCCAUAGGAUUCACCCACUCACUCAAAUACUCACAGACAAUGCCCCAAUGAGGCCGCAACUUAUUUAUGCGAAACUCGCUUUCGGUUUUCAGUUCAAUUAAGUAGCUCAAUUUGGCAGCCGAGGCUCAAAGCCCGCAACUGCCUGCCUAGCAAUUAGUUAUUAGUUCAGUACAGUAAAUACACACUAAGUGCUAAAUGAACACGAAUUUCUUGAUACACAAUUUGCCUGCAAUGAAGCCGCGCUAAUAACUAUUUACUUUAGUUUAAGCUACUAGUAUUUAAUAUUGUAUUUAUAUAUGUAUUGGUGCUAGCAAACUUGUGUGUAUAUAUAGGAGAUAUUAUACGAGCUGCAUAUCGUUUAGCCAAGUAAUAACGUUUAACUAAU